AUGUCAUCCGCCGAGCAAACGUACGAGAGUCAGAACGACGAUCAGCUCGACAAGCUGCUCAGCAAGGUCAAAGCUCUCCGCGGCGUCACGACGGAUAUCCAUUCCGAUGUAGAGUCGCAGCGCACAGGACUUCUAGCAGACGCCUCGGAGUCCUUCGAUGCCUUUUCCAACAGGCUAGGCUCCACGUCUUCUCGAUUCACAAGACAGGUGGUCGCAGGUGCAAAGAGCAACAGGCUGCUCACAAUGUACAUCCUCGGCGGUAUCGUCGCCCUCUUUCUCAUAUGGCAUAUCUUGUUUUAG